AUGGCGUCGCAGCAUCAGUAUCGCGAUUCAAACUACGCCCAGGCAAGCUACGAUCAGACGCGCCGCAACCAGCGCACAAGAUCUAGUGAAGGCACCGUGAGCACAACCAUGAGCUCCGCCUCGGGCCGUGAGUCGGCCGCGACGCACCUCACGGAACCGCCCACAUACUCCAAGAAGAUUGUGGUGGUGGGCGAUGGCGGCUGCGGCAAGACGUGCCUGCUUAUUAGCUAUAGCCAAGGUUACUUUCCAGAGAAAUAUGUUCCUACCGUCUUCGAGAACUACAUCACCUACCCCGUCCACCCGCCUUCUGGCAAAACCGUAGAGCUGGCUCUGUGGGACACUGCCGGACAAGAGGAAUACGACCGCCUUCGCCCGCUUUCCUACCCAGAGACAGACUUGAUUUUUGUCUGCUUUGCCAUUGACUGCCCCAACUCGCUAGACAAUGUCAUUGACAAGUGGUACCCCGAGGUCCUACACUUUUGCCCAUAUACGCCGCUUAUUCUCGUCGGCCUCAAAUCAGACCUCCGGUACAAGCGCUCAUGCAUCGACAUGCUCAAGACGCAGGGCCUGACGCCCGUCACCUCGGAGCAGGGCAUGGCCGUCGCCCAAAAGAUGGACGCCCAGUACAUGGAGUGCAGCAGUAAGGAGAUGGUUGGCGUCGACGAGAUUUUUGACCGCGCCAUCCUCACCAUAGUCGCCAACGACCGCAGAAACGUCGAGUCGGCAGCCGCCGCCGCCCGCGCCGCCAACGCGGAUGGCAAGCCGCUGCCGCCCCUCAAGGCCAGGAAGAAGAAGAGAAAGUGCCAGUUUCUCUAA